UGGAGGAGGAGUGUUCGAAGUGUUCCUCUGAAUUUGGAAAUGUCCUCUCAACUUUUCCUUUACCAGUGAUUUUGGACUUUGCUGCUGCUAAUUAUCAACUUUUCCACACACACACACACAAAAAAAAAACCCUGCUGUUUUUCUUCUUCUAGACAUUACAUAUCAAAGAUGUUCUUGUGUGUCAGACGUUUUGCGAGAGCUGUAGUUUCUCAGGGACAAACGGUUGAAGUGUUUUCGUCGUGGACCACGGCAUCAUCCACAAACGAUGUAGCCAGUAAGCUAACUUAACGGCUCUCCGCGGUGAGAGUAGCCCGUCAAAACGAAUGCUUCAGGUACGCACUGUCGCGAAGAGGGCUACGAUAUGGUAUUUUUUGUAUAGUCUUCAAGUGGCGAGUUUGUUCCGACUUUCCUCGUGUUUUCAUUGCUGUCACGAUGUAACCCAGUGUGAAUUCACACGCCGUCCCGCUAUACCGGAGGACAAGGCUGGGCAUCAAACUUGUCGUAACGGUUCUUCUCAGGAUGUUUCACGGUACAUGCUGCCAACGCCUUUCUUCUUGGAGCCACUUGGGGGUCUUUUUGGUGUCCGUGUGGUUUACCAUGAUGACAGUGGGAAAACAGCAGGCCGGAGUUUGCAGAGGAUGGAUGGUACACUGAAAUUAAAUAGUCCUAUGGUGUUUUCGGCUGAAGAGGAGCCCAUCUCCUCUACAGCUCCUGCUGGCCCAUGGGGACAUUCCAUUUACACCUCAUUUAGCUACGUGUCAAACAUCUUAGACCGCAGAGGCCGCAGAAGCACCCUCACCAGGUACAACACUGGUCAUGCUCUGCCUCAGGUUCAGAGUGUGGCAAAUCCAUUGGCAUUUGGAGUCAAAUUUCAUAAGUGUGCACAGGUGAAACUUGACACUGAUCCCCCUCAGCUGGCAUUCUUCCUGCUGAUUCACAACAUGGGCCCAGUGGGGGGCACCAACCUGUCUCAGGUGGCCGUGCGGGACUCCAUCUCUGGGAUAGUGCCCCUAAAGACUGAGGGCAAGGUGGUGGAAACAGGCUAUCAGACUUUUGCUAUUGAUUCACUGUCUGCUGGAUCCCAAGUUGUUGUGAAUUAUACCGCCCACAUCAGGAGUCAUAAGAGUGAAGUCCUGGACCUUCCAGCGUUUCUCACCUUCUCUAAUGCCUCACAGAAUGAUGUUAGUAUGUUUGGUCCACUAAUGGCUAAUCUAACCUUGAGAGUGAAUUCCACUGACCGGAUUUAUCCAAACCAUGGUGUCCAUUUUGCGGGAUUUAUUGGUGGGUUCUUUGUUACUUUGGUGCUGCUGUCCCUGGGGUUUCUGGCCAUGAACCUGAUAGGUCCAAGAACCAGACUGAACCUUCUUCAGCAAAGGAAAAACAGGGGUGAUUUGGAUCCAGAGUAUGCAGAAUGCAACAUAAGUGAGACAGCCAAAGAUGAGGCAGUUUUUGAAGACAAGAUGGUGGACAUCAUGGUGCUGGAGGAUCCUCAGAACAUGUACCAGGCUCUGGAGAACCUUGAAAUGUCCAGCCUUUUGCGUGCAACCACCAACCUGGAGGCCAGCCGGGUUCAGAUCUACAAGGACCUGAUGGCCUCCCUGCUGGGAAGCCUGCGAUCCCGAUGCCAGGCCAGCACUCAGGUCCAGCAGAGGCUGCUCAGUGUGCUCCAUGGCCAGCUGCUGGGCAUGGAGGGUCGACUGAAGGAGGAACUGGGGGCUCGCAUGGCAGCUCUGGCUGGUCAGUGUAACCUGGAGACUCGGGAGGAAAUGGAGGUGGAGCAUCGUAGGGAAGCUGCUGAAAAGGCCAGAGCUGAGCUGCUGUGUCAGCAUGCAGACCAACAGGAGCUCCUCCAGUGCAGUGUCCUCCUAGAGAAGCUGCACAAGCUGAACCAGAGCCAGCUCCAGCACACUCUCCUGGUCCGACACGAAGAAGCCUCAGCUAAGGUCCAGAGGCAGAUCAUAGAGUGGCGCAGAGUAGAGCUCCACAAGAUCUUCUCUGAGGAACUGGAGGAGGCCACAAGGAUGGGCGAGCUAGAGAAGAGUACAGCCAAGAGUCUACAACAUGAUUACUUCACCUGCCAAGAUCAACUAGAGGAAGUGCUGGACGUGGUCCUGGCCAAUCAGCGUUAUGUGCUGGCUGAGCGCCAUGCACAGAGGAAGUUCCUGGUGCACAGCCUCCACAGCCUCAAGAGCCUCAUUUCUGACACUUUCUCCAGCACCUCCAGCAGUCUGGACCAAUGGUUCACUCACAUCAGGAGAGGGAGCAUUGUGCCUGUAGAGCAGAUAGACCAGCUGCAAGACAAGGCCCAGAAGGAGCUGGUGAUGGUGAGGCAGAGGCUGGAUGAGGCUCUGAGCCAAGAGAGGAGAGCUAUGCACUGUGGCCUGAUUAAGAAGAGGAGGGAGCUCAUCUCUGACAUGCUGCAGGGGCACAUGCAGAGGCAGAAAGACCUGUCCAGCCUGUCAAGGGGCUUGGAAGAACAGGUGCAGGUGGCCCAGCACCUGCACUGCUGGCAGAACCUGCUGACGGCCCAGAGCCUGGAACUUGCCGAGCUCAUCAACAACCUGGAUGAGGAGGCUGCUGCUGACAUCCGCAAGGUGACCAUGCGUGUGAUCCAGAGUGCCAUGGCUGAAGUCAAUGCCAUCCAGCCUUCUGCAGCCCAGGCCCUGCUGAACCUCUGGCCUGCUGGUGCUCCACACUCUCUGCUCCAGGUAGAGCCAGAGUCAGGGCCAGGCCAGAGCCAGGGACAAGGGGCCAGCACUCUCCUCCCGGCCCAGGAGAAGCUGCACCAGGAAGGCAAGGCAGCCUUACGCACCCUCAGGGGCACCAGGGAGGCUCUGCAGGAAGCCAUGGAGAAAGAGCUGCAGCAGCAGAGUGAGCUCAGGGCCCAGGGGCGCGCUUUCUUCAGGUGUUUGUGCUCGUCUCAGUUGACCCUGUCAGAAGAUGACAGGCUGCGGAUGAAACUAGAGUUCCAGAAGUGUCUGUCUGUGAUGGAUCGCUGCCUGGUGCUGCCUCAUGCUGUCUCCAGAGCCAAACUCCUCACUGCCCUGGCUGCCUGGAGGAAGCAACAGAUGGAAAACACAUCCACAGAAAAGAAGCCACAAUCCAAGGGGAAAUCCAGUGAGGCCAGAAAGAAAGCAGACACAUCUAAGCUGCUUGUCUUCCAGAAGAGGCUAGAGGACAGAAUCCAGCUGUUUGAGAGGGAGAAGGAGAUGGAGAGUAGUGUCAUGGACAAGGUCUUGGAUGAGAUGCUGAGGGGCAGAGAGGGUGAGCUGCGCUCUCAGGCAGACAGCCUGGCGAUGCAGAUGGCUACUAUCCACUACCAGAAGGCAGAGAGGAGGACCAAGGUCUUGGAGACCUCCAGAGCCAUGCUUACCCUGCACAGCCUGCUCACCCAGCAGCUCAGAGAGGGAAAGAGUCUGGAGAGACAAGACAUGGCCCAGAGUAUACAGAGCCACUGCUCGGGACUAGAGGAAGCAGAGCAGCAGCUUCAGAAGGAGAGGACAGAGUUGGACUGCCUGGAAACAGAUCAGCCUAAAGAGAAGUCAAAUAGAACAGAGCUGCAAGACUCUGAAGAGGGGAAGGAGGACAGACUGUUUCAGGUGCAAAGCGACUGCAGGAUGGCUACCAUCCUCCAGGAAGCACUCUACAAGUGUGAUCAGGCCAUCACACUCUUGACUGAGAGGUUGCAGGAGUCAACCACCAACAGUCAAGCCAUGGAAGAUUUGAAAGAACAGUUUGAGCUCAAGAGACUGUAUGCAAACUGUGACCAGGACCUGGACUUUGCAUCUCGGCUGGUGAAGCAGAGUCAGAUAUCCACUGAGGUUCUCCUGGAGGCCCUGCGCCUCCUCCUCCCCACCCUGCCUGAAUCUGAACUCCUCUCCAUCACGGAUGCCCUCUGUCCCAAACAGCCCCUUGGGUCACCCUCUGCAGAGCAGGAUCACCCAGGGCGUCCUGAGGGGUUAAACAGAGCUCUUCUGGUCAAAUUAAGAGAAGACAUGGUGCAGAGGAAUGUGUCAAGCCACACUAUGGACAGAGGCAGGCUGCAGGAGCAGAGGCAAAGUCUGAUGGAAAAACUAUUCCCCAGUCCUCGCCUCCAGGCUCCAAGAGACACUGCACCAGUGCUGGUUGAAGAGAAAGGAAACUGUCUUACCAACAUACAGGAGACCAUGUAUAAAACAGCCAUGACAUUCUAUGACAAAAAGGUUACACAGCAGCACAACAACACUACAAGAGAAGGGGAAGUGGAGGCAGUGAAUGAAACCUUACACAGCUCAUCAGAGGCACCCGCUGCCUCCACAUCUGCCAACACCGCACUGGGCAUCCCUGCCACCGGGGAGAGGGUGUUUGUGUUUCGGGUACCACCAGAAUCACACAGCAGCGUGGACGCCCCCAGGAGAAAAAGGAAGAGAAACUUCCUCAAUCUGAAGAAGGGCUCAGUGGCUCCAACAAACCUACCUUGAGAUUUACAAACUUUUGCCUUUUGCUAUGGUUUUUCUAUGUCUGCAUACUGAUGGUACUUCACAGUGAUAUAAUAUUACUGACCAAAAUGAAGACAUUUUUGAUUUGUAGCCACAAAGUUAGGACACUUGCUGUACUUUAAGUUUCAUGUAGCCAUUGGCUUUGUUUUUAAGUAAAGGCAGCUGACUUUAACUGUUUUAGAGUUGUUCCUUUGCUCAAUAAUUGUUCCUUUGCCCAAGGUUUA